AUGAGAAUCGAAACCUGUUACUUCUGCAGUCGCCCUGCGUACCCCAGCAAGGGCAUCACCUUUGUCCGCAACGAUGCGCGCGUUUUCCGUUUCUGCCGCAGCAAGUGUCACAAGAACUUCAAAAUGAAGCGCAACCCCCGCAAGCUCAAGUGGACAAAGGCCUUCCGAAAGGCUGCCGGCAAGGAGAUGACGGUCGACUCGACCCUGCAGUUCGCCGUCCGCCGCAACGAGCCCGUCCGCUACGACCGCGACCUCAUGGGCAAGACCCUCAAGGCCAUGGAGCGCGUGUCCGAGAUCCGCUCCCGCCGCGAGCGCGUUUUCUACAAGAAGCGCAUGGCCGGAAAGAAGGAGAUCGAGCUUGCCCUUGCCCGCAAGCUGGUCGCCGAGAACGAGCACCUCCUGCCCCGCCUGCGCGGAAGCGAGAAGCGCCGCCUGCGCGAGCAGGGUCUUACCGAGGCGGAGAUCGAGGAGAUCGAACCCGAGCGCGAGCGUGCCAAGGCCUUUGGUGGCGAGAAGAAGCGGGUUGCCAUUGCGCUGGAGCACGACGACGAUGACGAUGACGAGGAGCAGGACGGCAUGGAUGAUGGGUCUGACGACGAUGAUGAGGACGAUGUCGACAUUGAGGGCAUGGACGUCGAGGGCAUGGAGGUGGACGCCUGA